GAAUCGUAGUUGCAUUAUCUAACUCUAUGGUAUUUCUCUGCCUAUAUAAUAAACACAGUCGAUGUUCAACUAAGGUCCGACCCGGAUUCUCACACUCUCUGGUUGUACUGGAUUGCCGGACUACCGCCCAGUGUAACCGGCGCUAAGGUCCCUGCUCUCUUCAGGACCCGGCGGAAUCCCGACGGUGCCUGAGAUAGUCCGAGAUUGCGCGAUGCUGUCCGGGACUGGCCGAAACUUUCCGAAACUGCCCGAGAGGAGGCACUGCUGCUCGCGCUGGGCCGUGCGAUAAGGGAAAGGGCUAUUACAAGAAUUCGUCGAUACUGGUGGGGAAUUUUAUUAUUAUUUUAAAGGAAAUAUAAUGCCCAGUAAAAAAAAGAAAUACAACGCCAGGUUCCCUCCGGCCAGGAUAAAGAAGAUCAUGCAGACGGAUGAAGAGAUAGGGAAAGUGGCGGCAGCAGUUCCAGUCAUAAUAUCACGUGCUCUAGAGCUGUUUUUGGAGUCCCUUCUGACAAAAGCCUGCCAGGUGACACAGUCCCGAAACGCGAAGACCAUGACCACGUCACACCUAAAGCAGUGCAUUGAACUAGAGCAGCAGUUUGACUUCCUGAAGGAUUUGGUGGCUGCGGUUCCCGACAUGCAGGGCGAUGCCGAGGAUAACCACAUGGAAGGAGGGGAGAAGGUGUCGCGCAGAGGGCGCAAGCCAGGGUCUGGGAGGAAGAACGGGGGCGCCGGCACCAAAGGAAAGGACAAGAAGCAGUCGGGGACUGAGUCUGAGCAAGAGGAGGACUCUGAAGAGAGCGAGACGGAGGAGGAGGAGGAGGACGCAUCCCGCUCGGGCGCCAACCUGCAGGCGGUCACUCAGUUCCAGGGCCUGAAAAUGCCCCCCCAGUACCUCCAGCCGGGGGCGCCCCUGGGCUCCUUCGUCCCGUCACCUUCGCUGCUGAGCUCCGCGCACCCUCCAGCCGCCCCACCGCCGCACGAUGACGACGAAGAUGACGAAGACUAUGACUCCUAGCUCCCCCCUUUUUGGUUUUUACCUUUUUGUUUAAUUUUUAUUGGGUUGGAGUGAGGGAGGGGGCCGAAACUAGCCUUUCUGCAAGGGGACAUUCGGAAAGUGUUAACGUCAACGACAAGGGUAGCAAUUUGGCUAUUAUACGUUUUACCAUUCUCUCUUUUUAGUACAGAUCUUAUGUCUGUCUUUUUUUGUAAACUUUUUAUUUGCAUGGUCCAUACCUUCCACUGUCAUGGUGUUAAAAUGGGCUCUAGCAGAGACACCAAACUACAGGGCCCCCUUGUGGAAAACUUUGAAAUGAAAAUUGCACUCCAGCAAAUGAGCUCAGCCUGCAGGGGUCUGAAAUCCCCCAGGCUGCUGAUUGACUCAAGAGCACAUCAGUGUUUUUUGAGUCGACUUUGAGAAUAUAGAUUUUUUUUACUAGACAAGAGCACAAAUACUUUUUAUUUGAGAGUUCAGUUCUUGCAAAUAUUUUGAUUGUGAAUGCCUUCAUUUAGCGGUUGGCAAAAGGCGCUGCUGGUAGUUGUGGGGUAGAACUGUGUAGCUACUGGUGUGGUGUGGUUCAGGGUGAAUGGGGGAGGUGUAAGGAUUAAGCAGUGUACAGUGAUGGCGGGGGGGGGGGUGUAGCCAUGACCACAAACUUGUUUUGAUUAUGUAGAGUUCACACAAAGAGGCUGGGGGAGCGGAGAGUUUUAAUUGUAAAAAUGCUUUGUAUUGCUGUCGCAAAGAUUCCCUUUUAUUUAAUUUUUACUUGUGAUCUUUGACACAGUAUUUUUUCUAGUUUGUAUUUUAUGCUGCAGCUGACUGCAGUGAGAAUAUGAGAGCUUGUCACCCGCGCAGUGUGAUGCGUAUGCAACAUCUCCAGUGUUUUUCUCACCCCCGUGCAACCAUGGAUUCGCGCAUCUUUAACUGAGGUCCGCAAAUUGCGCACUGGGUCUGUCUGCAAACGUCCCGUUUAGUCACCCACUCUCCCCUCCUCCUCAGCGGUCUGUUCUUUUUGUUAUAAGGAUGGUAGUCGCUACGUCACUCUCCCUGUCCUAAGGGGAACCGCCAGUAUUGAUGUGGGGAUAUUUAAGCUCGGGUUGAUGUGUAAUCAUUCAUCAUGCUCACUGAAGUGGACGCCUUCUCCCUUACAGCUCUGCGCUGGACAUGUUCGCUCGUCUGUCUCCGUUCUGGCUUCUCCCGUGAAUGAAAUGCCAGUGUGACAUUAAAUAACCUCGUGCUCUGCACAGCCGCAGUAAUCGCGUCCAAGUUUUGGAGUCGUAGCUACUCUAACGGGGAAAAAGGGAAUUUAAUGCUAGCAUUCAGUUUUAUUCGAUUUUUUUUUUUUGUUUGUUUUUUUUUUUUUUUUUUUUUUUAAAGUUUUUGUGUUUUGAUUUCGAUUAAAAAAACGGCCAAAAUCAGGAUGGCUCUUUGUUUUCGUAAUAUUUAAUACAUCAGGAUCAUAGUUCGCUUUCCCCCUCCCUCCAACUUUGACCUUUGAUAGAAAAAGCUUUUCUUUUAAACUGUUUUAAUGUAUUCAGUGAGAAAAUGUGGAACAGAAAUGAGGGCCAAUGUUGGAAAAAAGCUCAUUUUUGUGUCACAUCUCAGUGUUUAGAAAGGCAACAAAAUGCUGUAUUGUAAACUUUUAACAUUUUUUUUUUAUUUUGUAUGAGUGAAAUAAACUUCAGAUUUCCGUAUAUAAGCACAGUCUAUCCUUUUUUUUUAUCCUUAAUUUGGUGUGUGGAUGUGUAGGUUUUAGUGCCUGGACAGUAUGGGCUGUUUUCUGUAAGUGCAAGCAAGGCGGAAAUGGCCACUUUUGUUUGAUCAAACUCAGCUCAGACAGGAAAGGUUGUGUUUUUAACACUGCUUUGGAGUGGCCUGUUCACACCUGUGAUGCACACCGGCUCCAGGUGUGAGAUCUGCCCCACGGUUGGCUGGCCGCCACCGCCGCCCUCUUCGUCCUGGUGAACUCCUGCUUGACUUCGCCCACUAGCGCCAGUGUUGAGGCGAUAAGGGCCCUACUUUUGCAACCGCGGCUGAAUGGCACAAUCUAAAAGGUGCUGCAGGAAUGUAGCUGUUCCCGGCUUGCUUGGGAUCACCUGGAGAUUGUAGCCAUGGAAACGGAGGGGAUCUGCCCUGCUCAGAAUGGUGCCACGGCAACCCUCACCAGGAAAGGUGUGCAUUGGAACGAGAGAAGGGAUUUAUCACAUUGUCACCAAUAGAGAACUGGGAGUAUUAAAACUGUCACCAGAAUGAAAAUAUUCAUUGUGAAAUAAAUAAUAAUAAUAAUAGAUACUUUUAUUGUCCCCGUAGGGAAAUUGUCUUUACGUCUCCCACAACUUGCUCUUUUUUCAUAGAGGAAGUUGUCUGCGAAGGGCUGCCACCCGUAGCGGCGCCCAGGGAGCUGGGAGUUAAGGGCCUUGCUCAAGGACCCACAGUCUGAGGUGGGGUUUGAACCUGCGACCUUCUGAUUA